AUGGGCAAAGCCAUACUGCUUAUCAACGGACCAAACCUGAAUCUUUUGGGCACGCGAGAGCCACACAUUUACGGCAGUACCACAUUGGCAGAUGUACAGUCAGCAGCAGUCAAGCAGGCAGAAGAUCUCGGUAUCACACUUCACGACUUCCAGUCAAAUCACGAGGGAGCCAUCAUCGACCGCAUACACGAGGCACGAGGCAAUGUCGAUUUCGUAGUCAUCAAUCCUGGAGCUUUGACGCACACCUCAGUCGCCCUGAGAGAUGCGCUGCUCGGCUGCGAUUUGCCAUUCGUGGAGAUUCACGUCACAAACGUCCAUGCUCGUGAGCCUUUUCGACAUCACAGCUACUUGAGCGACAAGGCUGUGGCGGUCAUCUGCGGAUUGGGUGUGUACGGCUAUCGAGCAGCAAUUGAAUUUGCUUCUCAGCAGAUCGAAAAGAAAGCUGCUUUGAAGCCCUGA